UUUCACGCAAUAUAGUGCAGUGAAACCUUGUUCUACUUUUUAACCUCAAAUGUAGGAAGUAAACACUUGUGACAGAUUGGUUAACGAGGCAGAUAUGUCACAGUGAUUGUCCGAGUCUGCUACAUGUGUUGAAUAUCGGAACAAUGGAUUGGAAGAUUUUAAUCGCGUUGCUGAUUUUUCAGCACUCCUCAGUAUCUUUCCAGUUGGACUUUGCCAAUAUACGGAGAGAGAUUGCAGGAUACCAGGAUAUUGCCAAUCAGAUCAUCGAUCUGUCGGUAUAUGGUGCCGCACAGAACCAGUCCUAUAACCGACUAGCCAAUUUCACGGACAUGUUUGGGUACCGGUUAGCCGGAACUGUCAACCUGGAAAACGCAAUAGACUACAUGCUGCAAGAACUACAAGCGGACAAGUUGGAAAAUGUGCAUGGGGAGAAAGCGGAGGUGCCCCACUGGGUGCGAGGGGAGGAAUACGCCACAAUGCUGAAGCCCCGCGUGCAUUCCUUACCGAUGCUGGGACUGGGGUAUAGCGUUGGGACUGGACCCAAGGGGAUACAGGCUGAGGUCAUCGUCGUGAGGUCAUUCGACGAACUGGAGGCAAGAGCUGCCGAGAUUCCGGGUAAGAUAGUCGUGUACAACCAGGACUACUUGGGCUACGGGAUCUCCGUGGAGUACCGCGCACUAGGGGCUGCAAAGGCCGCCAAGCACGGCGCUGUCGCCUCCCUAAUCCGCAGCAUCACUCCUCUAUCCGUAGACAGCCCGCACACUGGCAUGCAGGACUACGCGCAAGGCAUUAAGCAGAUUCCCACGGCAUGUAUCACUGUUGAGGAUGCCGAGAUGAUGUGGCGCAUGGCGCAAAGAGGGGAGAUAAUAGAGGUGUUUCUGAACAUGUCCGCCCAGAAUCUGCCCAACGUGAUGUCGAGGAACACCGUGGCAGAGAUCAAAGGCAGCACAUACCCGGACCAGACUGUCCUAGUAAGCGGUCAUCUGGACAGCUGGGACGUGGGUCAGGGGGCGAUGGACGACGGGGGCGGAGCGUUCAUCUCCUGGCAGGCGCUUUCUUUAGUUCGACAGCUAGGACUCCGCCCAAAGCGGACGCUGCGCAUGGUUUUGUGGACGGCCGAGGAAUUUGGAGGCGUCGGGUCAGAGGCCUAUUUUAAAGACCAUCAAAACGAGGUCGACACGAUGAGCCUCGUUAUGGAGUCUGACGAGGGGACGUUUACUCCGUCCGGAAUUCAGUUCACAGGAAACGCAAAUGCGACCAAGAUAAUGACGGAAGUGCUGAAACUGUUGAAGCCGAUCAAUGCGUCCAUACUAGACAAGCAGGGUGACGGCACGGACAUCGGUCCCUGGAUGUCGGCAGGGGUGCCGGGCGCGAGCCUCAGGAACGCCAACGACAACUACUUUUACUAUCAUCACACUAACGGCGACACCAUGACUGUCCAAGACCCCAUAGCGAUGAACUUGUGUUCCGCAGUGUGGGCUGUUACCGCGUUUGUGGUCGCCGACAUGGAUGACAUGCUUCCGAGAGACUCGGAUCAUGUACAUAUACGGGUUAAAGUCCACUGAUAUUGAUUUGUGUUAUUUGUAUGUUGAAACACAGAUUCAUCAUUAUAUGUUUAUACUAAA